AUAUUUGGUCAGACUUUUUAGAACCCAACUAGCGUAGCUAAGUUUGGUCCAAAGGCAGCAUAUGAUCGAGAAGCUCCUAACAAUGUCAUUCAGCUACAGAAAUUGUAUGAUCAUUUGGGUGUGUCUACCAUUGUUGUCCUCUGGAAAUGCUGUGUUUGGUGGUUCAAUUGUCAAGUUCUUGCCAGGUUUUGAUGGUGAACUUCCCUUUAAGCUUGAGACUGGAUACAUAACUGUUGCUGAAUCGGAGCUCUUCUAUUACUUCAUUGAGUCCGAAUUGAGCCCGGAGUCCGACCCUGUUUUGGUUUGGUACAGUGGUGGUCCUGGUUGUUCUACCCUCAAUGGAAUUAUUUAUGAAAUAGGUCCAUUAGCUUUCAACAUAACAGCUUAUCAAGGAGGUACACCAAUAUUGGAGUAUUACCCAUACUCAUGGACAAAGACUAGCAACAUAUUAUUUAUAGACGCUCCAGUUGGCACUGGUUUCUCCUACGCAAUAAACUCGAGUGCUUACCCUUCAUCAGACACAAAAUCAGCAGAACAGACUUACGAAUUCCUCCUAAAGUGGUUUACCGAUCACCCACAAUUCCUAGCAAAUCAACUAUUCAUCGGAGCUGAUUCAUAUUCGGGCAUAUCCGCACCAAUCGUUGUAAAACACAUAAUAGAUGGAGCUGACGCGGGGGUCUUUCCACGUCUGAAUCUCAAAGGAUACAUUCUUGGAUGCCCAAGAACAGUUGAAACUAUAAAUGAAAAUUCCAAGGUUACAUAUUGUCAUCGAAUGGGGCUUAUUUCUGAUCCACUUUUUGAGCAAGCCAGAGAAAGUUGUAAUGGGAGUUACUAUGAAGUUGAAGCAGAUGAAUCAGAGUGUUAUAUAAAUCUUCAGAAGAUCGACAAGUUGAUUCAUGACAUAAACAAAAACCAUAUUCUUGAGCCCAAGUGUACUUGGGCAUCCCCAGAUCAAGAUGGAGAAUCAGAUAUAAGAUCACUCAAAGAGGAAUCAGAAAAUUUUAUACUCUCUCCUCCUAGAAUUCCAGAUUUUUGGUGUCAUAACUUCAACUAUGCACUUUCGUAUAUCUGGGCAAAUGAUAUUAGUGUCCAAGAGGCUCUGAAUGUCCGAGUGGGAACAAUAAAGGAUUGGAAGAGAUGCGAUAAGAAAUUAAAUUACACAAUGAAUGUGUACAGUGUUCUUGAUGUUCAUCGCUAUCUCAGUUCAAAAGGGUUACAAGUUUUAGUGUACAAUGGCGAUCAUGACCUUGUUGUUCCAAACAUUGGUACUCAAGAUUGGAUAAAGUUGUUGAAUAAUAUGACUGUUGAUUUUGAAUGGAGACCAUGGUUUGCUGAUGGCCAAAUUGCAGGAUACAAUAUCAAGUAUUCGAGACGCGGAUCUGGAUAUCGCUUAACAUAUGCAACUGUACUGGGAGCAGGACAUGUACCUCAAGAGUACAAGCGCAGAGAAUGCUUUGACAUGUAUGAUAGGUGGAUCCAUUAUUAUCCUAUCUAGAGAGCACUAGGGGCUUCAAUUUUUCUACCUUAUUUUCAAUGUGAGAUCGUUCAAUGUUAAUGAUUUUGAGUGAAAAAAAUUUGUUGGAUCUUUCAAUGGAGAUGGGGUUGUUAAUACGAGAGUCUGAGCUUAUUCAAACUUUUUCAGUGUUGACACGUUGAGUUUGUCGUGUUUGCUAUAAGGUUAUUGAGGUCUUGAAAGGAUUAUAUGUACGUAGUCUUAUUUUUGUAUGUCAAAUUCUUACUUUUGUUAUCAUAAUCAACAUACAAAUGAUAGAUGCUGUUCAGAAAUAAAUAUUGAGUACGCAGGGUGUACAUUACACCA